AUGUCCGUGAUACUUUCGGACCCGUAUCGAGGCUAUGCGAUCCACUAUCCUUCUCCAGACAAGCCUGACGACUAUGAUCUGAUCGCGUUCGGUUCGCCCCAGUCGCAGUUGCGCACCAAACUGAUGAGCGGGCGUCCCUGUCCCUCCGAAAACACUCGCCCUUCCUUUGGCACGCACCCGUCGGUGCUGCCUCGUCCUGUCUCUCGGCCCAACAGCCACAAUGAGCCUCAAUUGGCCUAUGUGAGCGUGAAUCAGAUGCUCCCGCAUCAGCUUUCUCACUAUGGCUACGAGAUAUCGUCUCUGCAAGAGACCGGGAAACGGGCCCGGUCCGAAGACGAAGACGAUAUUGGCCGUGACAUCGAUCGCAAUAUUGGAAUGCAUCAAUCUCUCCCGCCUUUGUCCAUAGAUGGCUCUUCGAUUUCUGCAGCAGAAUCUCGAGAGAUCUUGUACUCAGUGCACGGCGACUACUCGGCUUCUCACCCGUCCUCUAGUCACGAAUUCCCUUCGCCUAUUUCUCUGCCCAUUCCGCAGCACCAUCACCACCACCGUCUCCCUCCCCAGGCGCUGCUACACACAGGUCAUGGCCUGGGUUCUAACUCUCCCCCAAUGUCUGGAGUACCACCCAGCGUCGUGGGUCAACCUGGAAUGCCCGAACCGGCGCCAAGGCCCCGUGGUCCAAAGCUCAAGUUCACUCCGGAAGAAGAUGCAUUGCUGGUGGACUUGAAAGAGGACAAGAAUUUGACUUGGAAACAGAUUGCGGACUUCUUCCCAGGCAGGACAAGUGGUACUCUGCAAGUCCGGUACUGUACAAAGCUGAAGGCGAAGGAUGUGGUUUGGACGGAUGAAAUGUCAGCAUUCGUGUCUGCCAAUCAAAAGCUCCGAGUCGGCCUUUACGUUGAUGCCCCACAGCUACCUCUACAAGCCAAUCACAGACCGGUCCGGGCCGGCUCGACUUCAAACCUCACCCAACUCACUCAGACUCUCCCCAUCACCAAACUCCCCUCCACCCAAUUCACCAGCUAUACCUGGACAAUGUUCCUCCAGCGUACCGCCGCUACCCUCGCGAGGCGCUCGCCCGCCCGCGCUUUCACUCUCGCUCAGCGCCCCUUCUCCUCGUCUAUCGUGCGCAGCAACGAGAAGAAGUGGGCCCCCAAGGACGAAGGCAAGAGCCUUUCCUUCGAUGAGAUCAAGUCUGAGGAUGACCUUAUUCCCCCCGGUGCCAAGCCCGGUACCAUCCCUACCGACUACGUCCAGGCCACCGGUCUCGAGCGUCUCGAGCUUAUCGGAAAGAUGCAGGGCAUCGACAUUUUCGAUAUGCGUCCCCUUGAUGCCUCCCGCAAGGGAACCCUUGAGAACCCCAUCAUUGUCAGCGGUGCCGGUGAUGAGCAGUACGCCGGUUGCACUGGCUACCCCGUAGACUCCCACCAGGUUAACUGGCUCACCGUCUCCCGCGAGCGCCCCAUCGAGCGCUGCAACGAGUGCGGCAACGUUGUUAAGCUGAACUACGUCGGACCCGAGGAGGACCCCCACUCCCACGACCACGGCCACGGUCACCACCCCCCUCACGAGGAGCCCAAGACCUUCGCCGACUACGUCAAGCCCGAUUACUGGUACCGGUAA